GGCCGUUCGUUCCUUUAUCGGUUAUACAUAUGAUGACAAGUGUGCUUUUUAUAGUGAAUCAAACACUUCCGAAACAAGGACUGUAAUUCGUGUCUUUUACCAACAAAAUGUCGCUUCUGGUACUUGGGAUAUUUUACUACAUGCUUUCGAAGUUUCUAGUCCGUAGUCUCUUUCAACACCAACGGGGUUUGAAUCAAAAAUACCAGUCGAUUACUCAAUGGGCAUUGACGGCUAUUAUGACAUUGAGCACAUUUGCAAUUCGAAGUAACAUUGACCAAGAUCUUGCCUAUCAUCGCAGAAUCGCUAGUUGGACCAUGGAACAAGCGGUAACCGAGAGUGUGACUAGGAUUGAGAAAAUCCUCGAAUCUUGCGGAACUAUCUGCCAAACGAACCUCAUCUCCUCGGACACGGUGAAUGGUUAUUUACAGAAGCCCUUAUAUUGCUCUACAUUGCUGACAAACCCACUCCACGACUUGCCUGGCUUUCGAUACUUGUCCCAAGCGUCCAAAAUGAUAUCAAGAGAGACUUUACGACAUUUCAAUUAUAACGGAAGGGUAUCCACCACCUUCAGUUACCAAGGAUUUGAUUUGGCGCCAGUUCGAGAUUGGGACAAUCUCACUAUAAACGCCAAUGCAAAGCAAUUAAUUGACGGCAAAUUUGACAUCGGUUAUGAAGAGGCGAGAGUACGAGAAAUGUACGAGAUCCUGUCUGACAAAGUUCAAGUCAACAAAAAGAGAGUUCUCGUGAUUGGUACCAACGAUCAGCCUUGGUUAGAAACCAUCUUGAUUGCAAUGGAUGCUUCUCAUAUCGUUUCUUUGGAUUGGCGAGGAGUCCAGUGCAAUCAUCCCAAAGUGGAAAUUAUUCGUUCCCUGAGCCUGAGUAAAGCGUUCCAAACUCAGCCCUUCUUUGAUUUGGUCAUUGCAUACGGUUCUCUUCAAAAAUUGGGAUUGGGACGUUUGGGCGAUGGCCUCCAUCCUUGGGCUGAUUUGGUGGCUUUGGGCAGAGCAUGGUGUGUCACAAAUAAGGGCGGAUCGCUUCUAAGCGUGAUACCGUACACUCAGAGGGAUCGCCUUGUUUUCAAUUCAUACAGAGUUUAUGGUCCCAUAAUGGAAACGCACUUGUUUGCGAAUUGGGUUAAAAUUUGGUCGGUUGCUUCUAAGUUGAAGACAGGAGAGGAUGAGGAGGCAAAGAUAUCACUUCAUGAAAAGCCUUCUGCGGAAAGUUGACAUCAUUUCAUCACUUUGGGAAUAUUUUCUGACUUUAUGUUUCGUUUCAUCAAACGAACUUGACAUCCAAAAAUUCGAGUUCGUUGUGAAUUCGAUGCUCGGAAAACAUAUGUUUGAUCCUAUGAA